AUGGACAUCCGACUUCUCCACCCGUCCGAUAUUCCUCAUGUUCAGCAAACAAACAUCACGAAUCUGCCCGAAAACUACUUCUGCAAAUACUACAUGUACCAUGCCUUGAGCUGGCCGCAACUCAGCUAUGUCGCAGUGGAUGUCUCUCGCCCGAAGAAAUCGCCCUACGAUGCGCCGAAAAUAGUAGGAUACGUGCUCGCGAAGAUGGAGGAAGACCCGAUAGAUGGCGUUCAACAUGGGCAUAUUACAUCUCUGAGCGUGAUGCGGACACACCGACGGUUGGGAUUGGCGGAGAAGCUCAUGAGGCAGAGUCAGCGAGCAAUGUUCGAAACCUACAAAGCCGUCUACGUCUCGCUGCACGUACGAGUAUCCAACAUCGCCGCACUUGCGCUCUAUCGAGACACCCUGGGCUUUACGGUCGGCGGCACAGAGGCGAAGUACUAUGCGGAUGGCGAGGAUGCGUAUAGCAUGCGCAUGGACUUGGACUAUCUACGAGAGGAGGCGCUGGAUGCGGAGGACUCCGAUCAAGAAGAUACAGUUGGACAGGACGAAGGCGGCGAAGUCGGCAGCGCUGGAAAGGCUGGCGAGGGUGCCGAUGCGAAGCAGAAGGAGAGGAAGCGCAAGGUCAAGGUCGGCAGGCAACUGGGCGUCCAGGAGCUGGUGGAGAACAACGCAAGCUCUCAGCAGGCGAAGGCGAAUGGAGCAUCAUGA